AUGACUGUCAUUCAAUUGAGCAAGAACUACAAUUCUUGUGUUGCUGAGGCAGGAGGAUAUGAGAAUCUCACGUUUGGAGAGAGAGAUGCGCGAAAUUACAUACGUGAGGUUAGAUUACUUCGGCUUGGGUUAGGAGGCGCCGAAGCACUACAAAACUACUUCACUCGUAUGCAGGCACAAAAUGAUGGUUUUUAUUAUAUUAUAGACGUUGAUGAUGAAACCAGAUUGAGGAAUGUGUUUUGGGCGGAUGCCCGUAGUAGAGCUGCUUAUGAAUCGUUUGGUGAUGUUAUAACUUUUGACACGACGUACUUGACCAAUUCAUACAAAAUGCCAUUUGCUCCUUUUGUGGGAGUUAAUCAUCAUGGUCAAUCGAUUUUAUUUGGAUGUGGCUUGAUUUCUGGAGAGGAUACGGACACGUUUGUAUGGUUAUUUGAGUCAUGGCUUAAGUGCAUGAAUGGCCGAGCACCACAAGCCAUAAUAACAGAUCAAGAUAAAGCUAUGCAAAAUGCAAUUGCAAGAGUGUUUCCAAAAUCUCGACACCGAUUUUGCUUGUGGCAUAUAAUGAAAAAGGUUCCCGAAAAAUUUGGAGCGUACAGUCAAUAUGAUGACAUCAAAAGUCAGCUGCACAGGUGUGUUUAUGACACGUUGAGUCGUGAUGAAUUCAACAAGUGUUGGCUGCAGCUUCUUGACAAUUUUGAUUUGCAUGAUCAUUCAUGGCUUGAAUGGUUAUAUUCUGAGCGUCAUCUAUGGGUGCCAGCCUACGUCAAAAAUGAAUUUUGGGCAGGAAUGUCAUCUACUCAGCGAAGCGAGGGUAUGAAUGCAUUUUUUGAUGAUUACGUAAAUUCAAAGACAACGUUAAAGCAAUUUGUAGAUCAAUAUGAUAAUGCACUUAGACGCAAAAUUGAAAAUGAGCUUGCAGCUGACUUUAGUUCAUUUCACACGCAAAUUCCAUGCAUAACUUUUUAUGGCAUUGAGAGACAAUUUCAAGCAAGUUAUACGAAUGCAAAAUUUAAAGAAGUUCAAGAAGAGUUAAGAGGUUUGAUUUAUUGCUGUGCAUCAUUGAUUCAGAGUGAAGGAGGGAUUUUUAUAUACCAUGUGGCUGAUCAGGUCCAAGUUAUAGAUGGAUUUAGAAAAAGUACAAAAUAUGUUGUUGAGUUUAAUGAGAUAGAGUGUGAAGCAAACUGCACAUGUCAGUUGUUUGCUUUUAAAGGCAUUUUGUGUAGACAUGCCAUUCGUGUAUUGACACUCCAUGAUAAGGAAGAGUUGCCUGCAAAAUACAUACUUGAUAGAUGGAGGAAGGACCUGAAACGAGAUUAUACGCUUGUUCGAAGUAGCCGCGAUGAUCUGAGUUAUAGUCCAAACGCAUACCGAAUGAAUAAACUAAACAAGGCCUUUUAUGAGAUUUCUUCAAUUGCAGGCACCUCAGAUGAUGGUUGUGCGAAGUUACUGACUCAAUUAAGUAAGUUAAAGCUGGAGUGGGUUGAGGUUCAGCCUGUGUGUGAUAAUCGGUCUACUGAGUCAUUAGGGGUGACAAAGAGAUCUGACAAAUUAAAAAGUCCAGUUGCUGCUCGUAGUAAAGGUAGGCCAGUUUCUAAAAGGAAACAAUCAUCAGCUGAGAAAGCGAUUAAUCGCUUGAAAGCAAGGAAGACUCAAAGGGCUCCGGUAAGUUAG